AUGUGUUGCAGUCGACGAGCAAUAUCGAAAUUAGUGCAAGUGUUUGACCAUAUCACACAGAGGAAUGCCAAAAUUGCGGAGUUGGUUGCAUCAUGCCCAGCGUCGCAGGAAGCUUCUACCAAUGAUGGUGCUUCUACAUCCGAUGAAAAGCCAGCAGUAUUAGCUCAGGAAGAUAUGCUUGCAAGAAUGGAUAUACAAAAGCAGGAGAUGGACAACAGAUUGGAGGAAGUGAAAUAUGAACUGGAGAAAGUGUUGCGCCGCGAAUGUAAACUUGACGUCCGUCUUGCCGAGGUUUGCUUACAUGUUUUUGUGGCCACGAAUGAUCUGCGGUUCUACGAAUAUGUAUGUUUUGGUUGA